AACCUGUCGCCCGAUGGUUGGGAUGGUGAUGGUGAUGGUGGGUGUGCUGGAGGUAAGGAUGGAGCCGCUGGGGGGUCAAGGUUUGAUGACGGACAUCACUGUGCUGUCAGCAGGCACAGGGUACCAAGGCGAUGGUCUUGUUUACAUGAAGCUGAUACCAGAUUGGAGAGACCCGGAAUGUGCUACCAACGAGCGCGUCAAGAACCUUCAAAGCGACAAGACUGUUCCCAGCAGCAUAAUCUCAAGGUUCACAAAGCUCCUUGCCACGUCCAAACCGCUUCCAUGUCAUGUAUUCUUCGAUCCCUUGAAGGGUUGGCAGCACAGCUUUGACAGCUACAUUGAUCCUGAACAUAUGAUAGCUGCUCCAGAUGAGGAAACAAGUCAAGAAGAAGCGACACAAAACACUAUGCUGUUUGUCAGUCAGCAGUUCUACAGGUUUUGGAAGAGCCAAGCAGUUGACAAGCGUUUUCAAGCAUCUUCUGAUCUCCAAACUAUGUCAGAGAAACAAAGCAAAGUGCUCAGCGAGUAUGGCUUGAUAAAGCAUGAGACCCUGUCAGAUGCCAAGAUUGACAAUGAAAAUGAGCUGGCAAACGAGUUUGAGAUGGAACUUGAGGAUGCCAGCUCAGAAUCUGUUGUCCUUCAAACCUCCGGGAGGCCUCAAAGUACGGACAGGGAAAGCUACUCUGCCGUCAACUUUCUCGGGGUCGAUAUCGCGUUCCUCAAAACCAUCUCCCUCGGAGAUUUGAUGCACGCGAGGCGGUACCUGGAGCAUGGGAUAGACGUCAACACUCAGAGGGCUGGGAUGGGAACAGGAUUGCACGUGUGCGCUAGAAACGGAUACACCGAGAUGAUUGAGCUGCUCCUUGAAUUCAAAGCGGACAUCAAUCGCAGGGACGACUCGAACUUGACUGCUCUACAGAUCGCUGUGCAGCAAGGUCACUUCCCGUCCUACCGGUUGCUCAUCGCUCAGCUGGAUGACCCUCUGUCUCUCGUUGACUCCAACGGCAAUGACCUCUUGCAGCUAGCUGCUCACUCCAGCCUGAGCUUCGAUAUCGUUCAUGACCUCGUGGAGAGGAGAGGUCUGAGUGUGGAGCGGACGAACUAUCACGGCAAGACGGCACUAGACAUUGCAGGGCAGGUCAAAGCUCGUGCUCGUCAGAUAGGAAACACGAGAGUCCCAAAGAUGAUCACUGACUUCUUGGAGGACAAGUUCAGCAAAGUGCUGCAUGAGAAGCAAGCGAAGUCGACAUCCGUCAAGCAGCGUCCUCCGAGAAACGCCUCUCAAACACGAGCACCCUUGUCUCUUGAUUUCGAGGAUUCUUUCCGCUUGACUGCAGAAUGGCUGACGAUCGAGGGCCUGCAGGAUGGAUUCACUUGUUCGAAGAUCUUGCAUUCAUCAGGAGUGACGUAUGACACACUGUACAUGAUCAACGAGCAAGCUCUCAUUGAUGCAGGAAUAUCGAAGAUUGGUGCACGAAACAAGAUUAUGAGGGCUGUUGCACGUCUUCAGAAAGUUGAAGAUGAUUAGAAAAAGAUUCCAUUUC